GUUGUCCCUACACUCAGUGCCUCACGCAACUUACGCCACUGUUCAGGAGCUUGUGAGGAGACGCUUCGUACGCUCUUCCUUAUCUUGAUCUUUCAUAGUGGGUGGUCUCCAACCCCCACGCCGCAGCGUGCUGUCCCAACCCGCGUGUGAUUUCUUUACGACACCCACCAUCCCGGACCCAGAGACACGCACCUACCUUUACAAACUUGACGCUAGAAACGUCCGAUAGCCUGCGGGGAACUUCCUGACAUGGUACCUCUUUCGAUGUAGAAGACAAGUUGAUCCACUUCUCCAACGCGCACCAGCUCGUCACAGUCUUGCAGAAGUGGUUCUUUAAAACACUUCUACCCGUAGAAACGCUCUGGAGAAAUGCUCUACUUGUACAUCCUGCCGCGCUUAGUUAUCCGGCGAGAUCAGAUACUCCAAUUCAGCUCCGUUGGUGACACCAAGUUCGGGCACACCUACGGUAUGAGUCUCGUCGGUCUAAAUGCGAGUGAUGCAUCGCACCCCCCGCUGAAUGCAACGUCUUACACACAAACACACACAGGCCAUGGGUCCAAAGACGCAGUCCGAGAAGUGCGUAGAGAUUCAUCACAAGGUGGACGGUAGCUGGGGGGUUCCAAAGUUGCCCUGUUGACUGAUGUAUAGCACGGAAAGAAUGGAAAAAUGCAUGCUGCG